AUGUUCACGUCCCAGGGGUGCGGGACAUCGCCGGCGGCAGACCUGGUGCUGUCGCGGCUGGGGAGGGGGGACUUCCAGCUGGGCUUUCCGGUGGUGCUUCUGGCCUACCACGUGGAUUAUUGGGACUAUGUGGGCUGGAAGGACCCAUUUGGGUCAAGCCAGUGGACGGUUAGACAAAAAGCCUACGUUCAGGCCCUUGGGCUUGAUACCAUAUUCACCCCACAGGUCAUAGUCCAAGGCCAGGCCCAUUGCAUAGGAAAUGACGAGAAUGCCCUCAUUGAAGCCAUCAACUCUGUACCCAGGUUCCCUGCUCCUACAUUCCAGGCAACUUUCAGAAGGCCUACAUCAGAUGCAUUGGAAGUAAUGCUGACAGGUGCAUUGAGGAUGAAAGUGGACAGCAAUGGUGUAGCUGUGAUGGUGGCAUUGUAUGAAAACGGUUUGGUCACUGACUGCCCAAGAGGGGAGAACAAAGGUCGUGUUCUUUCCAAUGACUAUGUUGUCAGAAAACUUGAAAAGCUAUGCAAUGUGGUAGACCUUCCUCCAAAGAAGACAGUAUCAGGAACAAUCACUUUCCCCUUGUGGAGUUCCUUCAACAGCAGCAAGUGUGGCCUAGCACUCUUUAUUCAAACCAACACACAUCAAAUCUUCGGUUCACAGAAUUUUCACCUCCCAGAAGAUAUAUGAUAUUCAUUCUGUUUUGAUAACUAUGAUUGUACAACUAAUUUGAGUGUAUAAAUAUCAUUUUCCUUUUGUCAUGUUCAGGCUAUACAUAUGUACAGAAUCUGCUCUAGUUUAGGUUUUUACUUAAUUAUAUCUAUUUUCCCUCCUC